ACGGGAUAAACAGGCAAAACGUCGAUACGCUCGCAGCCCCUCUUUACGACGACUGUUUCAGCUCCAUUGAGCGCCUGUUCGCUAGAAAAUAGUGCUAUUUCUGAAGAAUUUUUGUAACAGAUUCACGAAGCUAAUUCAAAAUGGGUAACGAAAGCUCGCUGCCUAUGGAACUUUGUUCAAACUUUGAUGUAGAUGAAAUCCGAAGAUUGGGGAAAAGAUUUCGGAAAUUAGAUUUGGAUAACAGCGGAGCUCUUAGCAUUGAUGAAUUUAUGUCCUUACCCGAGUUACAACAGAAUCCAUUAGUACAACGUGUUAUUGAUAUAUUCGAUGCAGACGGUAAUGGAGAAGUAGAUUUUAAAGAAUUUAUUCAUGGUGUUUCUCAAUUCAGUGUCAAGGGUGAUAAAGAGAGCAAAUUGCGCUUUGCAUUUAGAAUUUAUGACAUGGAUAAUGAUGGUUAUAUAAGUAACGGAGAACUUUUCCAAGUACUAAAAAUGAUGGUAGGCAAUAACUUGAAGGACACACAAUUACAGCAAAUUGUCGAUAAAACAAUUCUGUUUGCUGACAAAGAUGAGGACGGCAGGAUUAGCUUCGAAGAAUUUUGUUCUGUUGUUGGUAAUACAGAUAUUCAUAAGAAAAUGGUAGUUGAUGUUUAAGUGAUCCAAAUUUGUGCAAAAGUCUUAAUUUACAAAAUGUGGUAUUUUAAUAUAUAUUUGAAAUCUAUAAACUCUAAUAAUAUAUUAACAGAUUUAUGGGAUAGUUCUAACAAAGAUCUGUUUAGAUUGAACUCACAAUUAUCGUUCUUAAGUCUUUAUCAUAACAAAUCUAUUUAAACAGAAAAUUUAAAUGACAUGCCAGGCGAUGUAUGGUGCAUGAACAUUCGAUUAACUUGAUACAGAUUUUGAUACGGCAUCGAAGGAUAUGGAAUAAAUUAAACUAUCUUGUAUGUUCCUUCAAGAAGUAAUUGUCAAUGUGAUCUUAGACUUUCAACUGGUAAUUUAAGUUCAAAGUUACAUAACGUCCAAUUUUUUCAAAGCUUAGGAAAAUGUUAAUUUUCUUCAAUGCCUGGCAAAAAAAUUUUGGACAUAGAUAAUUUUAAGUCAUUUCUUCCAUUUUAAUGAUUCUUAGUAAAGAAAGCACGAAAGUAAAAUCAAAUCUUGCAUUAUUGAUACAAUUGUCAUACUAUAACUUAUCAUAUUUUCUUUAUUACUUGUAAUUGUUCAUAUUAUCCAUAAUGACGUUAAUAUCAUAAAAGAUUUCAUUCAAUAACCUUGGCAAGUCUUUAAGGAUACUAUUAUUUUAAACUAUUACUCUUUAAGAAAAAUUAUAAGAAAGCUAGAUAAUUCAACUGUUCAUAUACUUAUAUCAUGUUUACGAUAAACAAUCACGAAUUGUGCAUUCGGAAGAUACAUUGGAGCAAAUUUUAUGGAGCUACAGAAAAGUAUUAAUUACUGAACUACAGAUCUACUUGGUUAACCCUUAAGACUUGUGUAUAUAAACUGUGUGUUGACAUGGGAUGUUUGUAAUUUUCGAAUGUAAGAUUUAUUUAUUUAGAUAUUUAUUUAUUGUAUUAGUCAAAAAAUGAUUUAUUAUCACAGGAUAUAUUAAGAUAUUUAUAUGUAAUACAAAUAAGUUUAUUUUAUCAUUGUUAAUUGUUUCUAUGUAUACUUACAUGUUACAUGAUCUUAUCAUAUGUCUAAUUAAAGUUUAAAAUUGUAAAAUAUAUUAAAAUCUAUAUUAAGAUAUAUUAAAAUCUGUGUAAGUACUGGUAUCGCAUACAUAAUUUCCAGUAAAUAUACAGAAUAUAGACUUCCUCUCUUGAUUUAGUUCAAAUAUGUUACAGUGAUCUAUUUUACAUAUUUAUGCAAUUUUCUUUUUGCGAAAAAGAUUCACAAAAAAUUGCAGCCAGUUAGGUGUUUAAUGCUUUAACAACGUUAUAGCAUAAUUUUUUUUAUAUAGAUAUUUUCGAGA